AUAUUGACAGACAUGUCUGGAUUUGUUGUUGUUGUUGUUCGAAGUGUCCAGAUCACGGAUUCAUCGAUUGACGUGUACCAAGCAUGUCUGGGAGAGGAGGAAGGGGUUGUACAAAGUGUCCCAAUCACGGCUUCAUUGAUUGACGUGUGACCAGCCUGUCUGUUGUCUUGUUGUUGUUGGUGUUUUACUCUAAUGUCUAGACCAUGGUAUCAUUGACUGACCUGUGACAGGCAUGUCCUUUGUUGUUGUUGUUGUUGUUGUUGUUGCUGUUGUUGUUUGCUCUGUCAUUCUUCUGACGGCAUACUCAUCCCCCCACCAAACACUCUCCAUCAUUUCAUUAUGCAUUCAGACAUGUUCAGACCUGCUCAGGGUACAUGCAACAGCUCCCGACUUCAGACGCGUUCAGACCUGUUCAGUUCGCAGCCCAGCUUCCGCCGCCUUCCUGUCCAGCGAAGGCCACGUCAUUGAUUGCGCGGACACUGCGGCGGCCUGGGGAACGAGCGUGCAGGGCCUGCGUGCGCACGUGCACCGUUGUUGCGACAGCACGUCACGUGAUGCAGCCAACAUCGAUUAACAUACCUGUCGUUCACAAGCCACACUCGCUCGGGUGCGAACAGGUGAUAGGUGUAGCAUGCCUGUUAAGUACCACGCCUCGCUGCCAGCCGUCGGAGGAAGAAAACCGUUUUUUUUUUUUUUCAAAACCUUGAACGCCACCAGUUGCUUUUCCCUCCUGGAAACCUCACCUCCGGUCUUUUACCUGCGUUCAAUACCUGGCGGCGUAAUGGGAUCAUCUGAGAAAGGACGGGUAAAUGGCGGUGUGCAAAUAAAAAGUUGUAGGGUGGGGAGAGUAAACCGUAAGACUGUGCGAUGAUGUGAAGAGGCAGUUGAUAGAUUGAUUGAUGGACAAGUCAAUGACAUAAAUAAGACACGGCAUGGCAGGAGGAAGAAGCCGAGCUGAAAAGGGAUAUCAAGCAUCACACAGAGAGCCCCAUGACAUCAGGCAGACGAUGGCCAAGUACAGGAGGAGGCGAAACACGCUGCUGGCUUCCGGUUCAAAUUUAUCUGAUGUUCCGCUGAUAGAAAUAUGGUUUGCUAUCAUCGGCGCCAUCUGGUGGUUGGGCGCUGCUCUGUGGAAGCUCUGGCAGCUCAACCCUUUCUCCCUCAUCAUCGAACGACAGCGUCGCCUGUAUUACCAUGACAACCGCGGAGCGCUGACCAUUCGCCCCCCGUGGACCGAGCGGCUGGCGGACAUGUUUCGGUCAGAUGAGACCCGCAAGGCCAAGCUGUUGGCCUGGGUGCAGGACAUGGUUCCCAGGAUGCCUGUCGACGACUUCAUGUCCUCCUGGCAUGAUGGCGUCGUGCUGUGCUGCCUCCUGGAGGAAGUCUGUCCAGGCUUGUGUCCUCGCCCGGAGCUACUCAAGCCUCAUCACCGAGUGAACAACUGUCGCCUGGGCAUCAAGCUUGCACAGAAGUAUCUACGGUUGCCAAAAAUGAUGAUCACGGCGGAGGAGAUGGCCAUCGCGGACAAGGACACGGAGCUGAAGAUCAUUCAUCUCGUGCAGCUCAUCAAGUGGAAGUACCAGCGCGGCCCCGCCUCUCUGCCACCUUCGCCUAUGUCUCAGUCACGGCCACCAUCUCCCAAGGUGUCUCUCGCUAUCAAAGUAGUUGCCAGAGGAACAGGUCUGAAAGCAGGAAUUGUCGGACGGCGAGCCAAGUUCAACAUCUUCUCGGAUUCCGCCUCUUAUCUCGACCUUCACAUCGAGAUUCAAGGCCCGAACAACGAGGUCAACAGCGAGCGAAUCGUCAGCAUCCCGCACGGCAUCAACAAGAAGGAUGCGCGCGCAGCUGCUGGAUAUCCGGGCGGCAGCGAUGAAGAUGGACGCGCCAAGCUCAUCGAAGACGACGUGGGCAACAUGUUCUGAGACAGAAAAGCAUCGACGA